CUAGCGCCAAAGAGAGCCAAGGCGGCGAUACCGCGCGGCGCUGCAGCCAAAUGAAAAUCAGUCCAGCGUUGGUCGCCGGCGAGGGCGCAUCUGGCAAGCUUGUGACGAGAUAACGCGGGGGACGCACACUCGAGGACGCAACGGACUGGGGGGAAACGGUGCGACGUUCGCGAUAAAGCAUCGAUCCUCGGACAGAUCAUGGACGGAGGAUGGUAAACCGUAACGUCACGGUGCUGACGGUCAGACGCGCUCUGAGAAUUGGCGGGGAUCGGACGACGCGGUUACCGGAUCUCGGAUCGGUCGGUCGAAUGAGCUGGCUCGCUGACAGACAACGCGUCUGCGAGCCGUGCUUGUAGCUCUCGCGUGCUCGCGGACUCUUUCCAGUACGCGGCUCAUCCGUCGCAUCCGACCCGUCAGGCACAGUUCGGUUUUAUAUAUUCAGCGUGCACGGAGCUUCGUGCGGAACUGUGGUAGCCACGGGGAGAGCCAACGUGAGAGCCGUAACGACGAGAAGAGAACAAACGGGUAACAAUGAAAGUAGGCAAGCGAGAAGAGAUGUCCUCGAUGCCCAACGAUGCCGCAGGAAGCCAGUAUCGGGGUGAAGCUUAGUGCGUGCGAGGUGUACGCGCAGGGACACGCCGCUGGUCCGCGGAGACUGUCACGUGCCCCUGACAGAACGAAAACGAUGCUAUCGCCGAGGCACGUACGUUCGCGUGGACCCUGAGAAGACUGAACGACCUCGCGACGCUUGUCGUUUGUUACUGCGAGAAGAAAAUUAAACAAGUUAAUCCCAGUGCCUACGAAAAACAACACGCAGCUGGCCCGUUCCUGUUCGACGCCUGUUCGCAGCCACGUGCGAGGACAACCGAAUAGUGAGGAGGUGGAGGAGGCGGAGAAGAAGCCGGUGGUGGCGGAGGUGGUGGUGAUCGAGGAAGGAGCUACCCGCUCCGAUUCCUCAAACGUGCAAACAUGAGACGUUGGACUCUGAUGGCGGCUAUAGCCCUGGCUGCAUCGGGGCUGGUAAACGGCGGUUCGCACGAGAAACGGCUGCUAACUGACCUGCUGGAUGCGUAUAACGUGCUGGAGCGUCCGGUCGGGAACGAGUCUGAUCCCCUCGUGUUGAGCUUUGGCCUUACACUAAUGCAAAUAAUCGACGUUGACGAGAAGAACCAAUUGCUCAUCACGAAUCUCUGGUUAAAAUUGGAGUGGAAUGACGUGAACAUGAGAUGGAACACGUCGGAUUACGGGGGAGUGAGAGACCUCAGGAUCCCGCCUCACCGACUUUGGAAGCCUGACGUUCUCAUGUAUAACAGCGCGGAUGAAGGGUUCGAUGGUACUUACCCGACGAACGUCGUCGUGAAGAACAAUGGAACCUGCUUGUACGUACCGCCCGGCAUAUUCAAGAGCACUUGCAAGAUAGACAUUACCUGGUUCCCGUUCGACGAUCAACGCUGCGAGAUGAAAUUCGGAUCCUGGACGUACGAUGGUUUUCAGUUGGACCUGCAACUGCAAGACGAGUCCGGCGGCGACAUCAGCAGUUUCAUCACCAACGGCGAGUGGGAUCUGUUAGGGGUGCCUGGUAAAAGGAACGAGAUUUAUUACAAUUGCUGCCCGGAACCGUACAUAGAUAUCACGUUCGUAGUGAUCAUCAGGCGGCGGACGCUUUACUACUUCUUCAACCUGAUCGUGCCGUGCGUUCUGAUUGCCAGCAUGGCCGUUCUGGGAUUCACUUUGCCACCCGAUUCCGGCGAAAAGCUCUCUCUCGGGGUGACCAUCCUCCUGUCCCUCACUGUGUUCCUGAAUAUGGUGGCUGAAACGAUGCCAGCGACGUCGGACGCCGUACCUCUGCUGGGAACGUAUUUCAACUGUAUUAUGUUUAUGGUGGCCAGCAGCGUCGUCAGCACAAUACUUAUUUUGAAUUAUCAUCAUCGGAAUGCUGACACCCACGAAAUGUCCGAAUGGGUGAGAGUGGUAUUCCUUUAUUGGCUGCCUUGUAUACUUCGUAUGUCACGACCAAGUGAGAAAGAAGAAAAAGAGGCGCAAAAGUCUCAAAAACCGUCUCCAGUCAUCGGUAAUUUAGCGUCCCGAAAAAGCAUCGACAUAAUUAGUCGCAAAAGCAUCGACUUAAGCGCUGGUAAGAGUCACGGUGACCUGGAGCUUCGUCAAAGGAGCAGCAAGUCCCUCCUAGCGAAUGUCCUGGACCUCGAGGACAACGCUCUGGCGUCUCACAAUAAUCUCCUAAACAACGUGUACAGUACGCCCGGGCCGCACCAUCACACGAUGGGCCACGGGCACAGUCACAUACACACGACGCCCCAUCAUCAUCACAGCCACGCAGCGACGCCGCAUCAUCAACACGCGACGCCACUGGGACACUCCUCUUACCCGGGUCCGAUCCCGAUCAGUCACACGCCGCACCAUCAUCCACAUCCGCCGGACACGCCUGGACCCCAAGUCGAAACGAUACUACAAAAUGCGUGUUUCUGUGCCCGAAACGAGCUCGUCAUGAUCCUAAAAGAAAUUAAGAUAAUCACGGAUCAGCUGAAGAGCGAGGAGGAGAACACGAAAGUGACGAACGACUGGAAGUUCGCGGCGAUGGUGAUCGACAGAAUGUGCCUAAUCAUUUUUACUCUGUUCACCAUCAUCGCAACCAUCACCGUCCUACUGUCGGCGCCGCACAUCAUCGUCACGUGAUUCAGAAAAGCACAGGCGGCCGACGGAAAGUCGGUCGUCGAUGACGAGGAUCGUGCGUUGCGCAUUAUCGGUGCGGAGGACGGCGAGGUACGCGAACUCCACGACAACGACGACGACGGUGACAGUGACGAUGACGAUGACUAUACCGACUGUUACGGUGGCUGGAAGAGAGAACGGCUCGCCGAGUGGAUCGUGGCAGAGGCGACGGCGUUUCUCCUGCGGUUGGACGGCCGGCUGUUCGAGACUCGGAGUCGUGUGUCGAUGUUACGCCUCGUUUCGGGAUAAUCCGCACCGGGAUAGGAAGAGGACACUAGGCUCUUCGUAUUAAUUUACGAUAUAAAACGAAAUAACAGAAACGGAAGCAAAACGGUAUAUCUCAUCACAGUAGUUCACAUUUCGAAGAGGACGCCUUAGCGAGACUUGAUAUAAAUUGCUGCGCCGAGUUUAACGGCCAGUUUAAAAGGGACACUGAUAACAGAAGCGCUCGCGCGCGCGCAUACACGCAGACACGUACACACAUACAUACAUACACGCGAACAUAGAGUACACGCAUACACAGCCAGUGAACACGCCAGCCACGCCGAGGUAUGGUAUGCGCAUCCCUUGUACGCGUAUUUGUUCCUUGUUCGAGACCUGGAACGCGGACGAUCGAUCGGCCGAUAUUCGAGUUCCUUUCGAUUCGAGCUCAAAGCGACUUUACAGUAGAUCGCCAAUAACAAUCAACAGUUUGCUUUUUACUCUCGAAUUUGGAGAAUUGGAUGGCCCAGUAUUGUAAGACCGUCGAGGGGUUGAUUAGGGAUGGGAUCAAGUUCGACAUGUACUCACGAAUCCUAUGCGAAUAAGUUUCAUUUCAUAGGUUCCGAUUAGUACUCAAAAGCAAUAAUAUUUUAAUGAUUAUACUUGAAAAGUAUUCACUUUAUAUAAAUUGAUAUCGAACCUCAGAAUGAAUGCUUACAAGUUUCGAAAAAAUACUUAUAAGUUCUUCGAUAUUGAAAGAGAUUGAAUCUUUCGUAAGUAGUACUCGAAUCUUGGAAAUCAGAAUUACAUAGUUGAUUUUAAACACUCUAUUUAUUAAAUUCAUAAUUAUUUAAGAAUAAUACUUCAUUUACAAUACUUGAUUUUAGCCUAGAUCAUUUUUUAACAAUGACAUAUCCUGUUUUUGAAAAUACUAUUUCUAAAAGUACAGAAAUGGCUACAGAGUGGAGGCUAUGACUGUCAUUACUGAUGCUGAAACUUACAAUUCACAGGAUAUGUGCCCUUGUGAAAAUCCGAUAAAUUAUGAAACUCUAAUGUUGAAUUAGAUUGAACAUUAAAGGACAGCAUAAUUGAUUUUAAAAGUAAGAAAGAGUAAUGAAUAGAAAGACCGGAGACUUUCUGGUGCGAUGUUUAUAAAAGUUUCGAAUAAGUUCGACUAAAAUUCGAGUGUGCUUGGAAGCGUUGCUUCCGUUUACCAAACUACUUGUGAAAGGUUCGAAACUGUCUGGCACAGGUUCGCCUGUACUUAGGAGUUCUGUUUUUAUUUUCCGUAGUAUUUAUAGAGAGUUCGAAUUCAAUUAAUGAAUGUUCGAACCCAUUUGCGAGGUACUCGAUCCCAUCCUUAGGAAUGAUUGUAUAUGUGGAAGUAAGUCGAAGGUAUGGAAUAAAUUUGUUUCAUUUGAGAUUUUGUUUUCGACAAAAUCAGCUUCGAAUUUCCUCCGAGUACACAUGCACUUAACUAUAUCGUAGUUAAAUGAAUUUCGAUGCAAACAAUUACUUACCAUUUAUAUAAAAACGUGAACCCUUUGAUCUUGAUCUAUGGGGUCUUAUUAAAUCAAACGUUUAUUCCGAAGGCAAUAUAACUCUUCCGCAAUUAAAAGCGAGGAUCAUUUUGCCGUUCUGGGAAUUGAAAAUUCGUGCACGAAAAUUUAAUCUGGAGUGCGUAUUUAUGAACGCAGUAUACAUUUUCAACGAAUGAAUUAAUAAAAUAAAUCUUAAAUAUUUCGUGCUUUAUUAUUACUCAUACAGAAUAUGUUUUGUAUCGACAUUCGUUUACCCACGACAGAGUCAAAUGGAUGCGUAACUGAAGGAAGUUUAAAGUCAAUUUUCUUGAAAACAAAGAAAUGAAAUUCUGAAAUGAAAGAAAAUUUAUUAUCCGACUUAUUCUCUCAUAUACAAUCAUCUCCUUGCACUAUCAAUACUGAGACAUCUGGCAUUAAUUCCAAAACAAAAAUAAAAUUUGAAGAACUGACGUUCUUCAGUGAAUGCUGUGUGAAAAUUUCGUUUAAUAAAGUCGCCUUCGAGACUCGCUUCUGCUAUCGUUUGCACGGGAUGUAAAAAUCGCGCGUGACCGCGUGUGAAACGCGCACCUACACGCAUUACAUGCACACAUUAACAUACGCUCAAAGAUACAAGAGACAGAGAGUAUAGAGCACUGAGGAUUGUCGUUGCGGUUGAAUUUGUUAAAAAGAUAAAUCAAGUUAUGGUCGACGACCAUGAAACAAUUUUUCAUUCGGUCCUGGUUGCCAGUGUGAGAAUCUUGUUGCGAAAGAGAGCUAUGAUAAAGAGAGAGAGAGAAAAAGAGAGGGAGAAAAAGAGAUAUAUAUAUAUAUAUAUAAACAAGAGAAAGAAGCUGAAGAAGGGUACACUGCUCCUUUUAUUGUGCUUAUAAAAAAAACUAGAGAAAACAGAAAAGCGAAUUUGAAACAGGGAAUGAGGAUACACACACGAUUAAGAGCAAAGCGCACACGUUAAAUAUUCUGAAAAAUGAAAAAAAAAAGCAACAAAAAAAGAGAAUAAUAAGUAAAGAAUAAUAACUACAUACAAUGAACUGCCAAGAUGAUAUAAAAAAAUGCCAGAGAAUUUUAUUAUCACUAGUAAGUAAAAAAAAAUCGACGACAACUUAAAUAAAUAAAUAAAUAAAUAAAUAAAAAACGAAGGAUUUAUACUGCGAUUAUAAGGUGGCGUGCGACAGCGCGACGUUUAAAAGAAACCAACCAAAAAAAUGAAUAAAUAAAAAUAAAUAAAUAAAAAUAUUGUUCUUUGUUAGCUCGUAAGAGAAAAAGAAUCCGGCAAAAGGCAAGCGGGAUGAUGACGGGUACACGAACCGAGUAGUCUUGGUGAUGAUGAUGAUGAUAAUGAUGAUGAUGGUGACGAUGAUUACACGACGAUUUGACUUCUAUAGCGCAGCAUCUCUCUUCACGUGUUCUUUUUUUCUUCCACGCGUUUUCUUUCCCUUCUAUCGGCGGACAUCGUUUGUUGUCCCUCUGUAAUACGCUUGUACAAGCGCACACACGGUUACACACUCUCUCUCACGGACACUAACACUGAGAAGAAACGUAGACACCGCGCACUCUGUUGCAUAGAAUAAUCUUGAGGACACGUACACGCACACACAGAAACGAACAGGUGACACGCGGAACACACGUAUGAACACGUAUACACACUUUCUUCGAAUCUAAACGUUCUAGGGAAGCAGGCUUUCGCAUCCUCGAGAUCCACGCGAGACUUCCGGUUCCAGUCGACCGACUGACCGUGGUUUGCCUUGGAAUCGUCAACGAUCAUCUGACACAUGAAUGACAGGAAACAUUCGUUUGUGGAUGAUUGAAUCGUAUCGAAUAUUCAUUUAUUUUAUUAUCCUAUGGACAGGAGAAUUUUAUCGUUGAGAACGUAUUGGCAAAUUGACAGAUUCGAAGAAACAAGAUAUUGCACGAUUUCAAGGCAAACCGUUGAUGAAAUAUAAAAAACGAAACAAGAGGCGUCUUCUUUCGCGAUCCGGGACUCGGGGAACGGUUCCAAGGCGACUCGAGGCAACCGUUCAGCGUGCAUUUACUUUUUUAAGUCGGGUCGCCUUGGAUCGAAGCGAGUCCCGACCUGUUUUUUUUUACAACGACGACACGGCUUCCUUUUAAAAUUAAAUAAGUUCCCGAACGAGAUUUCCGGCGGACCGGUCAGGGCACUCGCUUUUUCUCAUUGCCCAGUUCGUUCGAUGAACAGGCCGCCCCGCCGCCGGUUCGUCGUGAGUCGACUCGUUGCUCGACGAUCUGUGAAAAUUACUGCAGAGAUCUCGAGCUAAUAGCCGAAGCCUGAUCCUUGAAUAAUUCUCUUGCUCUUUGACCGCACGCUAUUCGCCCUAAAUGGCCAAACCAUUUUGCAGCUCGUCUCUGUCGACGUGCCCCAACCCAUCCCCAACCCCCCAACCUCCCCACUCCGGAUUAUCCGUCAACGGACGUGCGACUGUUCCGAUUGAGUUGUAUAUUUGUGUCGCCCGCAAAGCCAAAUCCUUCUCCCAGGGAUACAAGAAUAUAAAAAUGAUAGAAAUAGAUUCAUUCAAUUUUUGAUUUCGUUAUAAAUGAAUAAUUGUUGUAUUAAUUGUAACUGCGUACAAACGAGAAUGGAUCGAUGUGACUUUGAAAAGAUAAGUUGAAGAACAUAUGUACGUUAGAAUUGUUUUGAAUACUAAAUAGGUUUUCUUUCCUGCAAAUUGACGUCACCAUUGCACUGCCACAAAUUAGAUUCUUGAAUUAAAGAAACAUAAUCAUUUGUCUGAAAGCAAUCGAAGGUCCAGAAAGGGUGGAUCUCAAUUUUUCGAGAUCUUCAAUUAUUUCGUUUGUGCUUUUCUGUUGAAAAUUAUUCCAAUCCCGACUGUACGUAUCGUUAGAUAAAUCAUUAUUAUUUAAUUCAGUUUAAUAAGAAUAUCGAAUGAUUAUGUCUAUUGUCUUUGUACGAGUUACAAGAAUCUUGAUUAUUUUGUGAAAUUUCGGUCAGCCACGAAUCUGGAAGCGAGAAACAUUUUAGUCAAUAUAUACAAAUGCUCAGUAAUUAAUAUACAUGUAUAUAUUCCAGUAAUUAAUUUAAGUUCGUGGCGCGACACGGAAUUUCCGGAAACGCGGAUUCGGUGUCUUUGGGAAACAGGAUUGUCUGCGCGAGCUGUGAGAGUCUUCGAGUUUUCUAAGCGACGCGUUACGUUUCAUACCGUAGCUGUUGUCCACCUUUUAGUCACGCGCACGCCUAAGUUUCUACGACCUCGUACGAUCCCGUCGAAGGCGCGACAAAUCCAAUAUCCUUAAUGCACACGAUUUGAAGAAUUACGAAACGAUAGAAUUAGACAGCCAGGUUAAUUUAUUCCUCUCGUACAAAAAUAUGAGAUCUAUGACGAAAUUGAAGAGAAUUAAACAAGCAAUCUGGUCUACCGUGUUUAAAAAAAAAAAGAGAGGACAGACGGGUGGAGAAACAAAAUAAAGAUGGACUCGACAAUUGGACAGGAGGAAGCAUUGUCAUCGCGACUGACAGAAAAAUAAAAGUAACAUCGGAAUCUCGUUAACGGAUAGUCUCGCAGGCGGGUUUUUGUUGAAGACAUAAAAUGCAACUAAAAAGCGGAAAAAAAGAUAUUUAAAAAAAAAAAAACAGAUUAUUAUAGCACGUUUUGGCCAUUGGCAUUGACGCGACAACCAAUCACGUUAUCUUUUAAAUAUUAUUAUAAUGGUUAAACAAUAAUAAUUACCAAAAAAAAACCACGUUGUUAAUGAUGUUAAAGGAACGAUUAAUGAAAAAUAAAUAAAUAAAUAAACGUAGAGAAUAUAAAGUAUAAUCGAUAAACGCCUCGAUUGGUGGAAAUAAUCCAUUCUCGAUCUUUAAAUCAGCUAAACUAAUUAAACUACACUAAUGAAUUUAAUUAAAGUUCUUAAUGGUUCGCGCCGGGAGGUUUCGGUAGAAUACAGUAUUACGUAGGGGAAGACUAAACUGAAAAAAAAAUACGUUUAAAACUAUCGCGGUUAUCUCGAGCGAGUGACUCAUUAGAGAAGCAAAAUAAAAUAAUUAACGAAAAAAAAAAAUUUAAGGGAUUCGCGGAAAAGUCGACGUUCAAAAGUUUAAAGCUCGUCGCGCAUAUUGCGUCGAGGAAACGAGGAGGCCUGUAAUAAAAGAGCAACUAUAUUACGUCAGAGGGUAACAGUGAGAAAGGUUUUAAGAAUCGCCACGGUCUUGACGGAUCCGUUACGCGGUAAAAAUAUUUUCCAGAUUCUCUUAAUCGGACGUUGAACGUGAAACGAACGGCAAACCGUGGCCGGGUUUCUCCUUCAUUUCUUUUCCGCAGAACGCGUACGCUGUAGUUCAAGUUGGUGGAAAGACGCCGCAUGUCGACGAUUUAUUAUUAUGAAAAAACGAGAAAAAAAAGAAAUGAGAAAGAAAGAAACGCGAUCCGACCUGUCCGGUGGCCAAUUUAAGCGAAACGAUCGGUGGCCAACGUCCCAAAUGACAAUGCGACCUUUAAAUUAAUUUAUACCGAACCAGUCGGACGUACACGUUGAACAAAAAAUCGGAUUCGGACGUGAAUCAAAUUUAAUUGCGCCGGGGGACGGUAUCUAGCGGAAUUUGCGUCACGUUAAUGAGUUAAUAAUUGCACCGAGCGGUACUAAAACCGGAUCCAUCGAGAAGCAAUGUGUAAAGGAGUAAUAUAUCGCAACACUACGGGUAAAAAUAUAUAGCGAUUAUUUAUAGCUGUUAAAAACGUGUUAAUAGGAUAUCCACGAGAAAAUUGUUGAAAACUGCGCGAUUAAUCCUGCGUGGUGGUAGCACGUGUCGAUAAAUUAAAUGAAAUUGGCCCCGGAGCGGUCGGCCCGCCUCGCGCGUCGCGAAAUCAUUUUUAAUCGUAUCUAAACAAAUGUUAACGUAAUCAAAUUAAAACGCUAAUAAUUGUUAACCCGUGAAGUAAACACAUCGAGCCUAUCGACAGUAAUUGUAUUAAUUAGUCCUUAUGAGAGAGAGAGAGAGAGAGAGAGCGAGAGAGAAAGAGAGAGAGAGAGAU